GUAGCCGGCAGCUUCCCCUUUUCUGCCUAGCUCUGGGCGCUGGCUCCUUCCCCUCAGCGCCUCAGAGGAGGGGACGCAGCACCAUGGCUCCCCGAGCAGCCCCCGUCCGCCAGAUCUGCUGCUGCUUCAAUGUCAGGAUCGCCACCACUGCCCUGGCCAUCUACCAUGUGGUCAUGAGUGUCCUGCUGUUCAUUGAGCAUGCGGUGGAGGUGUCGCACGGCAAGGCCUCCUGCAGGCUCCCUAAGACUCUCUACCUCCGGAUCGCCGACCUGGUCUCCAGCUUCCUGCUCAUCUCCAUGUUGUUCUUCAUCAGCCUGAGCCUGCUGGUCGGUGUGAUCAAGAAUCGGGAGAAGCUGCUGCUGCCCUUCUUGUCCCUGCAAAUCAUGGACUACCUGCUGUGCCUGCUCACCCUGCUGGGCUCCUACAUCGAGCUGCCUGCCUACCUCAAGUUUGCCUCCCGGACUCGGUCUGGCCCUUCCAAGGUCCCCUUGAUGACCCUGCAGCUGUUGGACUUCUUCCUCAGCAUCCUGACCCUCUGCAGCUCCUACAUGGAAGUGCCCACCUAUCUCAACUUCAAGUCCAUGAACCACAUGAAUUACUUCCCGAGCCAGGAGGGCGUGACCCACAGCCGGUUCGUGCAGAUGAUGCUCAUCUUCACCAUCGCCUUUAUCAGUGUCCUCAUCCUGAAGGUCUACAUGUUCAAGUGCGUGUGGAGAUGCUACCAGUUCAUUAAGUACAUGAACUCGGCCUCAGAGAGGAGCGACUCCAAGAGUCCCCCGAAGGUGGUCCUGCCGUCCUAUGAGGAAGCCAUCUCUCUGCCCUCCAAGUCUCCAGUGGGGGGGCCGGCACCGCCGACGUACUCAGAGGUGUGACCUCUGCCGCGCCCCAGCCCUAGUGCCGGGAGGGGCAGAGCUGCCUUGUAAUCUGCUUCUUCGCUUUGGGGGCUCCCGUGGCCUGGGAGGCCCACCCGGCUGACUUCAGGACAAUCUGCUUGUGUUCCCUCCCUGGCCUGCUCCUUGCACAGGGCUUACAAGAUGCUCGAGAUGGGGUCAACCUGCUGGUUUCCUUGAGCCCCUCCCAGGUUAUUUCCAUCAGUUGUACUUCAUCAGAUGGCUGAUCAUUUCAAACUGCGAGGCUGGUUACACAACUGUCAGCCUGAUCAGUUUCACCAAGCAACUGCCAAAUCAAAAAGGCAGAUCAGUAAAAUAAUUUGGCCAAACAACAGUGCUUGGCAUUAAUUUGUGAUUAGUUGUCCGUUCACGAGGGGGUGGCUCAGCCAAGUCAUCACCAAGUAGUCACUCCCGCUCCCCUAAAUAUAGACACAUCAUGCGUUCUCUUGCUUAAACAAUUAGCAAUGCGGCCAACCAUCUGUUACUGAGGAUAGCGAUAAAUAGAAUUAUGAUAACAUUCAAUAAAAAACUGAAGUAUCUUCCAAACCUUUCAUUUCAAACUAGCCCAGCACCUGGCCCCCAGCUCUGCUCCUCGGCUGCCUCCUAGUGGCUGAAGCAUUGUGAAUUCCUAGGAGUAGAUGACAAUUGUUACACGGUUGCCGGCUGUCAGCCUGUUACAGGAAGUAACAGUGUCUCCAUUCUCAAAAGUCUCUCUACAGGAUUGUUUUGCUCAAGCAGUUGGCACCGCCCACAGUCAAACACUGCCCUGGCCGCUCCCUGGCUUGGGCUCAGUGUGGUCAUUGUGCUGGAUUCCGUGCCAGGGCGAAUUCGCCCUGGAAAAACUAAGUGUCAGUCCAGCCCGAUGCCAGGCUGCUCAUCGUGGAGGUCAGGCAGUGCUGUCCAGGGCUCGCAGCCAGGAAAAAUCCCGCCCUGACUCAGGCAGGGCCGUGCUGGAGUGGACCCAUGCAGGUCAGGCACAUGAAGACAGACACAUCCUCUGUGGUUCAGACUCAGGUGUGGGUGUAGGGGUCACAGGGGGAGGUGCUGUCCAAACGCCUCCCUGCGGUGGGGACCUGGCCGCAGCGCAGGUCCUCCGGUCCUCGUCAGGGUGCUGAGAGGCUGCCUGGCUUUGGGAGGCUCUCGCCCACCUCCUGUCAUUGCUUUUUGUAUGACUGGGAAGGGUUUCAAUAAAGCAGCAAGAAGCUUU